AUGCUAUUUUAUAAUAUUGUUAGGCGUACUAUAUUCAAUGACUUUUCUAUUUUGAAGCAAUCUCCUUUACUUUUUAAUAGUAUAAUUAAUAGAAAAUGUCAUAAUAAUCUUUCAAAGUCUCCUGAACAAAAGCCACCAGAUACAAAUAAUAAACCAACAGUAAAGCAAUUAGUAGAAAUUGAUUGGAUUACUCAAAAUAUGGUUCCAAAUUUUUUUAAAGGAAGUUUAGGGGAAUUUUUUUAUCAUUGUGUAGAUGAUGUAUCAUUUAAUGACAAAAUUUAUAAUUAUAAUUUUGUUGGUAAAGAUAAUCUUCUUAUUCAUAUUACAAAAGUUCGUUCAUACUUUAGAUAUAAGUCACCAUUUAAUAGAUGUGAUUAUAAAGGUAGUAUAAUUUAUGAUAAUGAUAAUUUUUUAACAAUUUUAUGGCAAAUAAGUACAUAUAAUUCUAAUUGGAAAAUGUAUAUACCUCAUUUUACAGCAAAAAUGAAACCUGAAGAAAGGUUACUUGAAGGUGCAUUGGAAUUAAAUGUAACAGAUAUUGAUAAGAAAGAGGCAGAGAGAUUAAGUUUACUAAAGAAAAAACAAUUUACUGAAGAAGAAGAAGGGGAAAAAAAAUAA